ACACAAAUAUGAGCAUGACUGAUUUGAAAUGAAAUUAUUAUGUUUUCCAUUGAAUUGAGCAUGCCUACUUGAAGUUUAUUUAAUUGCCCUGAUGAUCUGGAAAUGAUGUGUAAAGUAUGGUUUUUUUGUUAACUUCUACCUGUUUUGUCUCCGAUGUGGUCAUGUUAUUAGUGACCCUGCUAGUGAGGGUUUAUAAAUGCUAGCACAUGUCGACAUAUUAUUGAUAGAACCGGUUUGUUCGAGUGACCCUGUUAGUGGGGGUUAUACACCAGCAAAUAGUGUGCCUGUCAAUGGGUGGUUUAUAACACUGGCCAUGACUUAUAGAGUAGACGUCUAUUUCAUUCCUAUAUUGUAUCUGUUUUUUGUGAUUACACUUGUUAGCAUGCUAUAAGUUUAAUAGGGAGCACUCCAUAUUUUACUUACUAAGUUUAUCUCAUAGUUUUCCUUGU